ACACACUGUGUAACACUCUGGGUGCAGUUCCUUUCACUGUGUGUGCUCUGUGCUAGUCUGCUCUAAGAUCAUGUACUGCUGGGGAGACAACUGCUUUGGACAGCUAGCUUUAUUGGAAGAAGAGAAAGAAGUUGUGCAUUUUAAAGAAAAUGACUAUUUUCAAAGGCAGGAAUCUGUUCAGAAAGUGUCCUGUGGUGAAGAGCACACCCUUUACCUGCUGAAAGAUGGUUCUCUCUUUUCAUGUGGCCAAAAUCCCAAUGGGCAGCUGGGCAGGAAGAGUAACAACAGUAGCAUUGAACAAAUCAGUUCAUUGGAGGCCCAAACCAUUGUCGACGUGAGCUGUGGUACAAAUCAUUCAGUGGCAGUGUGCGAUGAAGGUGAAAUAUAUUCAUGGGGUGACGGAUCAGAAGGACAACUUGGAACAGGAAUAUUCAGUUCAAAAAACUUUAAACCCAAAAGAAUAAGUGGACUUUCCAACACAAAAAUAAUGCAAAUUUCAUGUGGAAAUUUCCAUUCAGUUGCUCUUUCUGAAGAUGGCAGAGUAUUUUCAUGGGGACAGAAUAAAUGUGGUCAGCUUGGCUUGGGCAGCCAGAUCAUCAAUCAAGCUACUCCUCAGCUUGUGAAGUCCCUUAAAGGGAUACCAUUGGUUCAGGUGACUGCGGGUGGUUCCCAAAGCUUUGCUCUUUCCAUGUUGGGAACUGUUUUUGCGUGGGGAAAGAAUAAUGCCGGACAACUGGGUUUUAAAAGUGACCCACAAAAAGCAGGCACCUUUAAACCAUAUGCUGUGAAUUCAUUAAGAAACCUUGGUGUUGCCUAUAUUAGCUGUGGUGAAGAACACACUGCUGUUCUGAGUAAGGAUGGCAGUGUAUAUACAUUUGGAGAUGACACUUAUGGACAGCUGGGGCAACACACUGGGAACCAAACAUCAGUCCCCCAGAAAAUAGAAGAUUAUACCAAACAAGUUUCCCAGGUUGCCUGUGGAAGGUACCACACUCUGCUAUAUGUCUUCACUUGCAAUCGCAUUGUCUCAUUUGGGAAAGGCUCACAAAGACAACACGGCAAUGCUGAAUCCAGUGACGAAGUAGAACAAUUUCAGUCGCCUUCAACAUUUGACAUCAGCAGCUUACUUCCAGCAAAUGAUUUAAAGGAUGUUUAUAUCAAAUGGAUCUUUGCAGGAAAUAAUGUCGGUUUUGCAGUUUCCUUUUCUCAACAAGAGACCACUGAAAGAAUUUUAUUAAGUGACACUCUUAAACCCAUUCUUCGACUUGACCUUCCUACAAUUAAAAAGUGGAUGAAAGCACAAACUGGAAGUGAAGAAUACCAAAUAGCUAAACGGGAAAUAUGCACAAUUUUUUCUUCGCCUGCUUGCUUAACAGCUGGUUUUGUAAACCACAGCUCAUCGGUUUCUUCAAUAGUUGACCUUGCGGCUGCAUCAAAUUUAUUUACAGAGUUAAACAAAGAUAGCAGGAUUUCUGAUAUUAUUUGUUCCACCAUUAGGAAUGACCUAAUUCCAGUGCUUGAUCCUCUCCCUUUGCUUUAUGAGGCAUUUGCCAUAUUCCUCUUACUUCCAGAAUGCCCCUUACUGCAUAACCCAAGUAGCUGUUUGUCAGUGACAGUUCCACUUGCUAAGGCUAUCAAUAACAUGGGUGAAAGUUCUCUGAAGAUAUUAGUAACAUUGUGGUCACGUAUGCAAGCAACCUCCAUGACAAAGCAAAUCCAGUUACUUAAAACUGCUGUGAUGUUAUCUGUACAAAGCAUUCAAGCAGAACCUGGAACUAAAGAUCUCCUACAGAUGCUAAAGAAGCUCUACAAGGCUAACUUGAAUGGCAAUUGCAUCGUACCAAUAAACACAUUCUGCAUGAAUGAACUUUGCCCACUGAUUAUACUUCCUUUUGACAUUAACAACUGGCGUCUAUGGCAGUCUCAGCCUGAGCCUGAUGAAAAAGCCUUUCCUGCUAUAUAUUGCCGUUUUCCAUUUGUCUUAAAUUUUCCCACAAAGGUGCAAGUACUUCAUUUUGAUUCAUUGCAAAAAAGACAUACUGUAAAACUUCAGGUGCAGGAACAAAUUUUGCAGAACAGACUGCAGGGAAAUAGUGACCUUCCAAAUAUACCUCUUUUGCAUCUCAUAUUAAGACGUGGCCACCUGGUGGAAGAUACAUUGCAUAAGCUAAGUAUUGCUGAAGACCCAAACCUGAAGAAGGACUUACUGGUUGAAUUUCAAGGUGAGAGUACUAUGGAUCCUGUUGCAGUCAAGAAAGAGCUGUUCCUGGUUCUGUUAGAGAGUAUGGUUAAUCCUGAUUAUGGAAUGUUCAGUUGUUCUGAUCCAUUGUCACCCAUAUGGUUCCCAAGCACUCCAUUAGUGGAAAAGAAAAAGUAUUUCUACUUUGGCGUAAUUUGUGGCCUAGCAGUCUAUAACCAGAUAGUUAUUUACCUCCCCUUUCCCUUGGCACUGUUUAAAAAGCUUUUGGGUAAAAAGGCAACUCUGGAAGAUUUAAAAGAGAUACAGCCGACCAUGGGAAGGACCAUGCAGGAUUUGCUGGAUGCUGAGAGUGCAGUUGUAGAGAGUAUGGAACUGUAUUUUUGUUUUUCCUGGGAAAAUAAAUCCAUUGACUUGAUACCCAACGGAGGAUCUGUACAGGUCAACAAUUUAAACAAGAAAGAUUACGUUACCAAGUGUAUCGACUACAUAUUCAACACAUCUGUGACAGAACCUUUUGAGGAGUUCAAGAGAGGAUUUUACAAGGUCUGCGAUAAAGAUAUAAUUUCAUUCUUUCAGCCAGAUGAGCUGAGGACUCUUGUUGCGGGGACUGCAGAAUACGACUGGAACAUCUUUGAAAAGGCUACCAUUUAUCUUGGCAAGUACAUGCCUGAUCACCCAACUAUCAAGAUGUUUUGGAAGGUUUUCCAUGCACUGUCCCUGGAGAAAAAAAGAGGUUUUCUGAUGUUCCUCACUGGAAACGACAAGCUCCCCUUAUUUACAAUCGGUAAAGCAGGGAUGACAAUCUCUAGCUUUGGAGUUCCUGAUGAAACACACCUUCCAGAAGCACAGACCUGCUUUCACAUGUUAUUUCUUCCUGAAUAUUCCAACCUAAAGACUCUCAAACAAAAGCUUCUUUUGGCUAUAGCCCACAACAAGGGAUAUGAAAAGAUCUAAAAUGUGAUUAGAUUGAAUUUUUGUUUCAGUCAAAAUGGUUUUUAUCAAAUACAAUAAAAGCUGAUGCCAAUAAAAAAUUCAUGGCAUUACUCUUCUGUAUCUUAUAAAUUAAUUAAAGACAUCUGCCAUA